GGACAAAAAAAAUAAAUGAAGAACCACUCAGGGGAGAUAGAGUUCAUUUUGCUUGGACUGACAGAUGACUCUUGGCUGCAAAUUGCCAUUUCCUUGUUUCUAUUUUUCAAUUACAUUUUGAGUGUGAUGGGGAACUUAGUCAUCGUCCUCCUUACCCUGUUGGAUCCCCAACUCAAGACUCCCAUGUAUUUCUUCCUCAGAAAUUUUUCCUUCUUAGAAAUUUUGUUCACCACAGUCAGCAUCCCAAGGUUCCUAAUAAGCAUGCUCACUGGAAACAAAACAACAUCCUAUAAUUGUUGUGCAACUCAAUUAUUCUUUCAUAUUCUAUUAGGAGCUACAGAGUUUUACCUCCUGGCUGCCAUGUCCUAUGACCGCUAUGUGGCCAUCUGCAAACCCCUGCAUUACCCAGUCAUCAUGAACAGCAGGGUGUGCUACCAACUUGUGCUCAGCUCCUGGCUAACUGGAUUCUUAGUCAUCUUCCCCCCUUUGCUCUUGGGACUCAGGCUGGAGUUCUGUGCUUCCAAAGCAAUAGAUCACUUCCUUUGUGAUGCAUCUCCUCUCCUGCAGAUCUCUUGCACAGACACACGCUUCAUAGAGUGGAUGGCUUUUCUCUUAGCUGUGAUAACACUUGCCAUCACGUUGUUCUUAGUGAUCCUCUCCUACGCUUUCAUCAUCAAAACCAUCCUAAAAUUCCCUUCUGCUCAGCAGCGAACUAAGGCCUUUUCCACCUGCUCCUCACACAUGGUUGUUGUCUCUAUCACUUAUGGGAGCUGCAUCUUCAUGUACAUGAAAACAUCAGCAAGGGACAGGGUGAGUCUCACCAAAGGUGUGGCUGUGCUCAACACUUCUGUGGCCCCUGUUCUAAACCCGUUCAUCUACACCCUCAGGAACCAGCAGGUGAAGGAAGCUUUCAGACAUAUGCUUCAGAGAUUGUGUUCUCCAAACAAUGUAACAAGAUUUGGACAUAAAUAA